UUACAGGGAGUGAUAAAGCUAGGGGAAGGGAUACUGAACAAACCAGAAGGUCUUUGUGUGGACCGAAAGGGGGUGUUGUAUACUGCUACCCGAGACGGGUGGGUCAAAAGAUUGCAUACCAACGGGACGUGUGAAAACUGGAAGAAGAUACAUGACAGAGAUACUUUACUUGGUUUGACGGUCACAAAAGCUGGUGAUCUGGUCGUUUGUGACGCCGAACAGGGUUUGAUCAAGGUUAGUAAAGAUGGUGCAGUGACGGCAUUAGCAACUCAUCUGAAUGACGAAUAUAUAAAGUUUGCAGAUGAUGUUGUUGAAGCAGGUGAUGGGAGCUUAUACUUUAGUGUUGCAAGCACUAAAUUUCGGUUGCAUGAUGCGCACCUGGAUAUGCUUGAGGCUAAACCCCAUGGGCAGCUUCUAAAAUAUGACCCAGUUACGAUGGAAACAUCAUUGGUGCUUGACGGGCUUUGGUUCGCUAAUGGGGUGGCCGUCUCUUCAGACCAAGAGUUUUUGGUGGUGUGUGAAACAUGGAAAUUUAGGUGCCUAAAGUAUUGGCUUAAGGAAGAAAUUAGAGGAAAAGUCGAUAUUUUUAUCGACAAUCUUCCUGGUUCACCAGACAAUAUUAAUCUUGCUCCUGAUGGGUCGUUUUGGAUAGCUAUACUUCAGCCGACCUCAAGCAGGAUGAAAUUUGUGCAUUCUUCAAAGGCAAUUAAACAUCUUUUGGCAACAUUUACAAAGCUAUAUAAUCUAGUUAACGCAGUUGAUAAAAGCGCGAUGGCGCUAAAUGUGGGGAGUGAUGGAAAGAUUAUCAAGAGAUUAGAUGAUCCUACCGGAGAAGUGAUGGCGUUUGUCACUUCGGUCCUGGAGUUUAACGGAAAGCUUUACCUAGGAGGUUUAAAAAACGAUUUCGUAGGCAUGUUGCCAAUACAAGUAGGGCUGUAAACGAACCGAACGUUCACCGAACAGUUCGUGAACCGUUCGGCGGGAAGUUCGUUUAUGUUCGUUCGUUUAGUAAAUGAACGAAAAAGAACAAGAUAUUUCGUUCGUUAAGUUAAACAAGUUAAACGAACGAACAUGAACAAAGGUGCUGUUCGUUCGUUUAUGUUCGUGAACGUUCGGUAAUGUGUUUGUUUAUGUUCGUGAGAGUUCGGUAAUGAGUUCAUUUAUGUUUGCUCGUUAAUGUUUAAUUGUGUUCAUUCGUUUAAAA